AUGUCAACAACGCUUAAACUUUCGCUUUUCCUCGUCCUUCUUGGCCUUGCUGCGGCCAAGGAGACUUGUAAAGCCAACCAAAUCCUGAACGGAGAUUCUUGCGUUUGUGCUGCAGGGUAAGAUACUUCUAGAAGAAUUUGUUGUUGCAAAAUCAGCUCAGCCUCAGCUAUAAAUUCAUUUUUAGAUACUUCACCUCUUCCGAUGACGAAUCAAAACAAAGAUGCGAGGAUGAGUGCGCUGCUGUAAGUUUUUUUCGAAAAUAAAACAAUGACCCUAGAGCGUUCUUUUUGCAUAAUGGAGUUUACUUUAGCGAAACAAAGUUUCUUAGCGCGAAGCAAAACCUCAGAUUUUUUAUGAAACUUGGUUCAGAGUUUUGCUCAACACUGUGUCUUUCUGAAUAAAUGAAAUAAAUUUCUUAACCCGAGGUUGGUACAGGACUGACAAGCUUUUCGUUAGACAUCCCUUUUUCAACGGUGGUAUAGCUCUAGACUUCGAAAUCUUCGUGUGUCCAGAACAUGAUGACACCCGUUUAAAAUGUGCCAGUGGUACGAAGAACGGCUGUAUAUGGCCAGGACUACUACCCAGAGCACGCCAAGUAUUUUUUAUGAGUACUCCUACCAUAUACAUCCGUUCUUUAUACCAUCGGCACAUUUCAAAUAGGUGUCAUCGUGACACAUCUUUCUGGACACACAAAGAUUUAGAAGUCUCGAGCUAUAGUGGCGGACCUGAUCCAGUGGCAAAAAACGUACCAUUUUGCAUCCGGUAAGUAUCAAACAUGUGGCAAAAUGCUUCCCUCUCCAAGUGAAAAAACUUCGUUUUGAAGGGUGCCUCUCCCUCACAAAAAGAGCGGGCGCACUUAAUAAAAUCGGAUUUUUUCACUUGGAGAGGGAGGUAUUUUGCCACAUUUUUGAUACUUCCCGGAUGCAAAAUGGUACAUUUUUUGCCACUGGAUCAGGUCCCCCACUGUAUACCGCUGAUAAAGAAGGGAUGUCUAACAAAAAGUUUUUCAGUCUUGUAGCAACCUCGGGUUAAGAAAUUUAUUUCAUUUAUAAAGAAAGACAAAGAGUUGAGCAAAAUUUUGAGCCAAGUUUCAUAAAAAGUCUGAGGUUUUACUUCAUUUCCUUCCUCUAUUUCUAUGAAUUUCUUACCCAACAAAACUUUUUUUUCAGGCCUAUUUCACCUACUUCACUUAUGGCCACUGCGCUGGCGGUCUUUUCGACCGUGUCAGUAAGGAAGAUCGCCCAGCCUGUGACAUGCGUUGCGGCUUGGACUUCCGUCUAUGGGCCGUUAUUGCGCUCUUCGCUACGUUCGCCGCCGCUGUUGCCACUCUGAUCUUCACCAUCCCUAUGUGCAUCGCCACUUGCGCUUCCUGCAUUCACUCGAGGAAGGCGGUCAAGCACACCAAGCGGGUGGCCAACGAAAACGCCGCCGCUGCCAAUGGAGCGGCCAGCAAGGACUUGCAGGCCGUUUCCUACAACCCAUACGCCUACUGGCCCUACUACGGACGUGUCCACAAUGGCCUCUAA